AAUUCCAAUGCCAUUAGUGCCCCGGCAAAACUGAUAACGCCCUAAAUAUCCCCGAAUAUCGAUAAUGCUGGAUGCUGGACGGAGGGGCAGCGAGUAGACAUCAUACCUGCCCCUUCCUAUGGGACUGUCUAGGCCACCAUACCCACAUCCACCCCAGGCCUACCCAUCCUGUGUACUAUGUAUGGCGCCUACGACGAUUCCUUCCACACACCCUCUUCCUCCCACCACCCUCCUCCUCCGCUACUCUGUCUCACCUCGAAACCCGUAUAGCGCAAAGGCCACACCCUCAAUUGGAACUCUUUCGACAAAUCCCCACCACCCUCGAUCAGGUACGGCUGCCAGGCGCCCGAUUCCAUGUCUAACCGGGGGGAGCACGACGGUCUUCUAGCCGGAGCUGCCAACCUCAGCAUAAGCCUCGCCCUAUCCGCCGCGGACUCCGAUACCCGGGAGGAACGCGUCCCUCGGCUGCCCAUGCCCCUCGCGCCCCAAACCACGGCGGUCCCGGCGCCUGGCACGUCGCGCCGGGCUGGCGGGCCGCAGGACCGCCCUCCUCUUCCUCGCCCUUCUUCUCCUCCUCUUCCGGCCGCGCCCCUCGUGCUCCCGCGCCUGCGGCUGCACGUCGAAGACAUCGCGCACGACGGCGCGCGCGUCUUCCUGUCCAGCGUCAACGCCGUCUCGCUGCUGCGCGACAGCCUCGGCGCCGUGCAUACCCACCUGUACACGGGGGCCCCUUUCUCCUCCCCCUCCUGCUCCGCGUCGUCUUCAGCCGCGGCCAAGAGACCCCACGUCCCGCCCACCCUCUCCGUGACGCUCCUCCUCCGCGCCAUCGACGGCGUCGCCUACACGACCGGCACCGACCUCGACCCCCUGCACCACAAGGAGAUCCACCUGUCGCUGCGCUACGUCGCCCUCGCCUCCCACGCCGCCCGCGUCGCCGACGAGAUCCGCGGCGUCCUGACCCACGAGCUCGUCCAUUGCUACCAGUGGAACGGCCGCGGCCUCGCCCCCGGCGGCCUCAUAGAGGGCGUCGCCGACUGGGUCCGCCUCCGUGCCGACCUGGUGCCCCCGCACUGGCACCCCACCGAUAUCCCGUCCAGCUGGGACGCCGGUUACCAGCACACCGCCUACUUCCUCGACUACCUUGAGCGUCGCUUCGGCGACGGCACUGUUCGCCGCCUGAACGAGAAGCUGCGCACGGAUAAGUACGACGAGGAAGCCUUCUGGACCGAGCUCCUCGGGGCACCAGUGGCACAGUUGUUCGAAGACUACAAGGAGACACUAGAGGUCGACGACAAGAAGCCAGGACAGGACUAAUCACUAGCCGGCGGCAAGUUGGAUUUGGAAUAUUUCGGCAUGUUAUUAUGUUCAUGAUGAGAUACAGCUAUAGAUGAUACCCUAUUCAAUACGUAAUGGUGAGACGGUACAGAUCAGAGAACAUUGUUCUGUUUUCUCUACCUCGGAGCGCAAAAUCAAAAUGC